AUACAGAUCUACCCAAACACUUGAUGGGGAAAAAACACUGACGAUGAAAUGGUUUCUUCCAUGUUGAUAUUACCAAAAUCCCUAGUCUUUGAUAUUACAAACCGCUGAUCAUCGGUGUUACAAACCAGCAAAGUGAAAGUACUGUAGGAGCCAUUUAAUCUCAAAGUAACUGCGUCACACUGCCAUAACAGAAAAAUAGUCAGUGGAGGAGAUCAGACAUAUCAGAUGCACCAGUGCAGCUCCAUGCGGACAGAAUGAGUCAUGUACAAAAAAUCAAAGAUGGAGAUUUUUCUCCAGGAUGCAGUUCAGUCCCGCUUGACAGAUCAGAUUCACCAGAGCCCAGCUGUGUGUCCAUGAAGAGUGAAUGGUCUAUGGAUCAUCCACUCGAAUUUAAGGAUAGAGAGACACAGACGAAUCUCAGUUCAGUCCAGCAGAAGAGAUCAGAUUCACCAGAGGCCAGCUGUUUGUCCAUGAACAGUAACUGGUCUAUGGAUCAUCCACCAGAAAUGAGGGGUGGAGAUAGAAAACAGGAUCUCAGUUCAGUCCAGCAGAAGAGGCCAGAUUCACCAGAGUCCAGCUGUGUGUCCAUGAAGAGUGACUGGUCUAUGGAUCAUCCACCAGAAAUGAAGGGUGGUGACAGAAGGCAGAGUCUCAGGCGAAACCUGCAACCCAGACCAGCUGUAACAGAAACCGUCUGUAAGAAAAUGAAAUAUGACAAGUCUAUGAAUCAACCACAAGACUUUAAUGAAAGCACAUAUCCUGGCAUCAGCCAUGAAGUCCUCAACAUGUUUAGAUCAAAUCUGAUGAAGAAGUUUGAGCAUCUGUAUGAGGGAUCAGCACAGCAGGGAAACCCAACACUCCUGAAUGAGAUCUACACAGAGCUCUACAUCACAGAGAGUGAGAGUGGAGAGAUCAGUAAUGAGCAUGAGGUGAGACAGAUUGAGACACAAUCCAGGAGAGCAGCAGCAGAGGACACACCGAUCCAAUGCAAUGACAUCUUUAGACCUUUACCUGGACAAGACAAACCCAUCAGAACUGUGCUGACAAAGGGAGUCGCUGGCAUUGGAAAAACAGUCUCUGUGCAGAAGUUCAUCCUGGACUGGGCUGAAGGGAAAGAGAAUCAGGACGUCCAGCUCAUAUUUCCACUUCCUUUCAGAGAGAUCAAUUUGAUGAAGGACAAAACACUCAGUCUUUCUGAUCUUCUUCAUGUCUUUUUCCCUGAAACAAAAGAAAUUGAAAUAUCCAGUGACAAAUAUAAAGUGUUGUUCAUCUUUGAUGGUCUGGACGAGUGUCGUCUGUCUCUGGAUUUUCAGAGCGAUGUGAGGUUGUGUGAUGUAAGUGAAUCAGCCUCAGUGGACGUGCUGCUGAUGAACCUCAUUGUGGGGAAUCUGCUUCCCUCUGCUCUCAUCUGGAUCACCUCCAGACCAGCAGCAGCUGAUCUCGUCCCCUCUGAGUGUGUCCAUCGAGUGACAGAGGUACGAGGCUUCAAUGAGCCACAGAAGGAGGAAUACUUCAGGAAGAGAAUCAGUGAUCAGAGUCUGGCCAAUACAAUCAUCUCACACCUGAAGUCAUCAAGGAGCCUCUACAUCAUGUGCCACAUCCCAGUGUUCUGCUGGAUCUCAGCCGCUGUUCUAGAGAAGAUGUUGAGUGAAGCAGAGAGUGGAGAGAUUCCCAAGACUCUCACUCAAAUGUACACACACUUCCUGAUCCUUCAGACCAACAUCAAACAUGAGAAGGACUAUGAGAAGAACGUGACAGAUGAAGACAUGAUCCUCAAACUGGGGAAAGUGGCUUUUCAGCAGCUUGUGAAAGGCAAUGUGAUCUUCUAUGAGGAAGACCUGAGAGAGUGUGGCAUUGAUGUGACAGAAGCAUCAGUGUACUCAGGAUUGUGCACUCAGAUCUUCAGAGAGGAGUUUGGCUGGUAUCAGGGGAAAGUCUUCUGCUUUGUUCAUCUGAGCGUUCAGGAAUAUCUAGCGGCUCUUUAUGUGCAUCUCUCCUAUACAAACAACAACAUAAAUGCAUUUAACAAAAAACCUAGUAUUUCUGACCUGUAUCAGAGAGCUAUAAAUUAUGAAUUUAACCUGAAGUACUCUAAAUAUUUAGUUUCAUUAUCUGAGCUGCAUCAGAGAGUUGUGAAUGAGGCUCUAUGGAGUAAAAAUGGACAUCUGGACCUUUUCCUUCGUUUUCUCUUGGGUCUGUCAGUGGAGUCUCAUCAGGCUCUCUUACAGGGUCUAAAGAUACAGACACAAGGCUUCCACAAAAAUCAGGAAACUGUUCAAUAUAUCAUUAAGAGGAUCAGGUUGUGUCACUCUCCAGAGAAAUCCAUCAAUCUUUUCCACUGUUUAAAUGAACUGGGUGAUCAUUCUCUCAUGGAAGAAAUCCAACACUAUCUUAAAUCUGGUAAAAUAAAAGAAAUUGAGCUCUCUCUUUCUCAGUGGUCAGCUCUGAUUUUUCUGUUGCUGAACUCAGAGCAGAAGAUGGAUGUGUUUCGUCUAAGUAGAUAUACAGGACCAAACAUGUCUCCAGAUGAAGUUCUUCUGACGCUGCUACCUGUGGUUGAAGCAUCAAGAUCAGCUCAGCUUGAUGACCGUAAUUUAACAGUGAUGAGCUUCAAUCGUCUGGCUUCAGUGCUCAGCUCAAAAUGUUCAUGUCUGAGAGAUCUGGAUCUGUCUGGAAAUUAUCUGGGAGAUAAUGGAGUAGAGCUCUUUUGUGCUGAACUAAAGAGUCCACACUGUAAACUGGAGAAACUAGAGUUGAUGUGUUGUGGUGUCACAGAUAAAGGUUGUGCUGCUCUGGCUUCAGCUCUGAUAUCUAACCCCUCACACCUGAGAGAACUCAAUUUGGAGUGGAAUAAACUGGGAAAAGGUGUGGAGCUGCUCACUGAUCUUCAGAGAAACCCAUACUAUAAACUUGAGACACUGAGGUUGAAUCAUAUGUAUGUCACAGCUGAAGGUUGUGCUGCUCUAGCUUCUGCUUUGAGAUCAAAAUCCUCACACCUGAAUCUGUGCGAGUGUAAUCUGGGGCCAUCAGGCAUGAAGCUUCUGUCUGCUGUACUCGAAAAUCCUCACUGUAAAGUGAAAACACUGGAACUAAGAUAUUGUGGUGUCGCAGAUGAAGGUUGUGCUGUUCUGGCUUCAGCUUUGAGAUCAAACCCCUCACACCUGAAAGAACUGGAUUUGACAUGGAAUCAUCUAGGAGAUUCUGGUGUGACACUGCUCUCUGCUGGACUGGAGGAUCCUCACUGUAAGCUGCAGAAAUUGAAGAUGGAGCAUUGUGCUAUCACAGAUGAAGGUUGUGCUGCUUUGGCUUCAGCUCUGAGAUCAAACCCCUCACACCUGAGAGAACUGGAUCUGUCUUGGAAUGAACUAAAAGUUCCAGUGAAGCUGCUCUGUGUUGCUCUUGAAGAUCCUGACUGUAAACUGGAGAAACUGAGGUUGAGAGAUUGUGGAGUCACAGAUGAAGGUUGUGCUGCUCUGGCUUCAGCUCUGAGAUCAAACCCCUCACACCUGAGAGAACUGGAGCUGACUGGGAAUAAACUGGGAGUGCAGUUGCUUUCUGAUCUAAAGAAAGAUCCACGUUAUAAGCUAGGGCAGCAACGAUAUCCAAUAUCCAGUACAAAUGCAUUUCCAAAUCUCCAGGACAAAACAAAGCCAAAAAUCUCAAGGUUUAACUGAAAAAUUCAAAUUAGUCCAGAUAUGCAAUCAUUCUCAGUGGUAGGGGGAACACAGAUUUGAAUGAUCUGCUCAGUGUGGUUAAGCCACACUGAAACAGAAACAGAGAGCUACACUAUUAAUGUGUUAGAUUUAAAUCAAUUUUUAUGAUGCAACCUUAUUUUUUAUACAAUGUGCAGAUAAAAUUCUCUACAGUAUUGUACUGUAAUUUAGUUCAAGAAAUCAUGUGUAAGAACUGUUAUUUAUAAAAUAAAUAGUUUCAAGACAGAUUUGCUGUACCAAAAUCAUAUUGGACCAUUACUACAAAACUGAGAUAUGUUCCAAAGUGUGAAUUUUGUAUACCUUUGCAGCCAUAUUAUAAUCUGGACAAAAAAAAAAAAAAAAAAAAUCAAAUUUGAACUAAAUACAAUGUGCGUUUAGUUUUUUUUUUUUUCUGAAUUAGAUCUAAUUUUAUGUAUCAGCAAUGAUGUCUUAUACUGCAUGUCAUUUUUAUAUUGUUUAGGUUUUAGAUAGCAGGAUAAUCUAUGAUUAGCUGAUGGUGAAUGAGCUCUAAUUUGAGUUCCUGUGUCUUAAAAACAUACUAAACCUUUUUUCUUUUCUUUUUUUAAAUUCAAAUCUGAAAAAUCUGUGAUGGGUAGGUUUAGGGGUAAAGUUGUAGGGGGAUAGAAUAUACAGUUUGUAGAGUAUUAAAACCAUUAUACCUAUGGAGAGUCCCUGUAAAUUACAGAUUUGUGUGUGUGUGUGACAUAUCAGGACACAAUUUGUAUAAUGACAUGGGUAUGACAGGUAUUACAAGGAGAGGGUGACUUAUGAGGACAUUACCCCAUGUCCCCAUUUUUCAAAAGGCUUAUAAAUCAUACAGAAUGUGUUUUUUUUUUUUGAGAAAAUAAAAAUGUGCAUUUCCUGUGAUGGGUAGGUUUAGGUGUAGGGCGAUAGAAAAUACGGUUUGUACAGUAUAAAAACCAUUACGCCACAAUUCACAAAAACAAACCUGUGUAAGUAACUGAAAAGUUAACUCCUUUUGUGUUCUGAAUGGAAAUGACAAUGCAUUAUUUGAGAUUUAAACUUCCAAGAAAAAAUGUCAAAAAAGACAGAAUUCCUGUGAUGCAUGUAUAUACACUGUUAUACACUGGACAUUUGUUUGUAGGGUGUUCAAGUAGACAGGAUGGAACAGACGUUAUAGUGUGUUUGAUGUUCUUCACCAGCAGAGGGCCACAUAGACACUCUUUCAAAAAUCUUUCAAAAAUCUUUUGUAUAUAGUCACAUUAAAACAGUCUUUUAAACACCUCA